AUGGUGCCCACUUCAGCUCAACUCGAGAGUCUCACCAUUGGUGACGAUGUAUCCUACUAUUACUUUGACAGCGGUGCUGUCCCUGGAAACAUAUAUACGACAUUUGUCUUUAUCCAUGGCAUGGGUUUCAACGGAGGUGUUUUCAGGAAACUUUUCCCUCUGGCUGCUGCCCACAAUCUCCGCAUAGUCAGCCUAUACAGGCGUGAUUAUGAUCCCACCACUAGCUUCCGUGAUGCAGACUUGGCUGGUCCCAUAUCUGGUACGGUAGAGGGACAGGAAGGGUUCCUUCGCAACCAGGCCGUUGAUAUUGCCAUUUUUCUUGUCACAUUUGCCCGCGAGCAAAAUAUUCCACCGGCACAAGGUACAAGCGGUGGAAUUGCGCUCAUCGGGUGGUCUUUAGGAUCUUUGUUCACCCAUGCUGUUGUGGCCUAUCUCGACGCCUUGCCAUCUAAUAUCAUUUCUGACCUUGAGAGGUAUCUCCAUACUAUGCUUUCUCAUGAUGCGUCUUCAACGCUUCUUGGUUUACCAUAUCCCCAAAUCCACAAUAUCGACAUUUGGUCCGAAACAGACAUCAAAUCCAGAUUCAACAUUUUCCGUGAAUGGGUGACAGCGUACUUCCCGCACCAGAGUGUCACCUCGGGAAACAUUGAUGAUCUCGAGUUCAACAAAUUCUCAGACAACACUCACACCAUGCACGAGUUGUCUUCGAAGGAGCUUGCAGAGCUCACGUCUAUCAAGACGUUUGGUGGCUCCGACAUGCUAAUUGCCCGUAGUCAACAAGACGUAUUCAAGACCUUGGCAAGACGUGCGAUAUUCGACACGGCCUUGGCGCAGAAGUUCCUCCCCAACCUACGCGUCAGGUACAUGAGCGGUGGAGCGAGUCCUGGUGUUUUGGUGUGGGCGUUGUAUGAAAUAGGGAAGUGUUUGGCUGACCCCAAGCCAGUGUAUGGACCUGAUGCCAAAACGGCGAGAGAUGUCAAGUUAAAAUUCCAGACUGAAGGAAACCAUUUCGUUUUUUGGGACGAACCACAAGCAGCCCUCGGUCAAUACAUUGCUACAAUCAACCUUUAGAGGUAGUGGGUCCACUCCGUUUCACAUUCAGUCGAUCUCGAUCUUUCAUACUGUGUAGUUAGUAGCGGCCUGUGGCAUGUAGCACUAAUCAAAUCCAAGUAGUAACGAGGAAACAGUCCCGCCUAGAAUCUGGUGUACUUUGUACGUUUAGUAGAUCUUCGUAGGCAGAUGAUCAUUGUUCUAACGAUGAGCCGUCAUAAACUAGUCCUCGUCAGGGUAAGUAAAUAGUCU